GGGAUAGGGUAGGAUCAUAGGUCUCCCUUCUUUUUCAUUUUAUUUUAUUUUAUUUUUAUUAUUAUUAUUUUUUUGUUUUAUUGGGUAUAGUUGUUUUCAUCAACAAUGACAUCUGCCAGAAAAAAAAGCAGACCCAUAAUCUCUCUGAUGCAAGAAUUUUAUGGAGCCUUAUAUUCAUCAGUUUUCUUCCCCUGUUAGGUCUAUUUACACUGUCCUAUUCUUCUUAAGACCUCUUAUCAUGACUCUCCCAACUGAGAUGAAAACCCUAGAUGAGGAUUGAGGAUUAGUUAAAGAGACAACCCAUGACCAAAACCCUCAUCCUCACCUCACCUUUCUUGUCAUUCAUUGAUUAUUACUGAACACGUUUUCCUGUGUUACAACAUCCCCACAGCUGUGAUAGUAUCGUCAUAAACCAUUUUCUAACUAGUUUUAGAAGGGUUUCCCAUGGAUUCUGCUCCGGAAAUGGAUAGUUCCACCUCCAUUAACUCCACCAACAGCAGCAACAGCUCACUUGUUGCAUCCUCUUCGACGUCCUCGAGUCGGUACGAGAACCAGAAGCGCCGGGACUGGAACACUUUUGGUCAGUACCUGAAGAAUCACCGUCCCCCUCUUUCUCUCUCCCGGUGCAGCGGCGCACACGUCCUGGAAUUCCUCAGGUACCUCGACCAAUUUGGAAAAACCAAAGUCCACAACGCAAUCUGCCCUUUCUACGGCCACCCUAACCCUCCCGCCCCCUGUCCUUGCCCUCUCCGCCAAGCCUGGGGUAGCCUUGACGCCCUCAUCGGCCGCCUCCGUGCCGCCUUUGAAGAAAACGGUGGAAAACCGGAAGCAAACCCUUUUGGUGCACGCGCCGUCAGACUCUAUCUCCGUGAGGUUCGUGAUUUACAGUCCAAAGCAAGAGGAAUCAGCUACGAGAAGAAGAAGCGUAAGCGUCCACAACAACAAAUCCCAUCUCUUCCUCCGCCACCACCAGGUGCAAAUUAAGGUAAUUGGCAUAAGAUCCAUGGAUAUACUAUGGUUAUGCUAUUUUAAUAUAUUUCUUGGGUUACUUUCUGUUUGCUUUGAGGCAAAAUAAUGGGGUUUAUUAGAGAUUCGAGAGAAAAAACUGAAAUCUGCUUUUGAUGCAAACAGUGUUAGUAUAACAAGUAGUGGAAUUGAAGUAGUAGCAGGAAUUGUACUACAAAGUGGUAGCUCCAUAGAAGUGAUAUAUGUUGUACUCCUAGUGGCAGUGGUGGGAGCUAAGAUCUCGUGUUUUUCAUGUACUUGAAAUAUAUAAAUUUGCAGAAA